AUGUCAUUUGUUCACCUGCCAACCCCACCAAUCCAACUGCUGACCCCACCAAUCCAACCGCUGACCCCACCAAUCCAACCACCGCCACCCGCCACCCAACCUGCCCAAGCAGCUCCUCAGGCCGACAACUCCGGCGAAGAGUUUGACUUCAGUGGUGUUCCCAGCACCUCAACCAACGAUGAAGGGCAGACCGGCGGACUCUCUCGAGCUCGGGCUCGCCCUCGCACAAGUGGCAACACUUUCGCUGGAUCAUCAACCCUUGCGAUGCGCCCAGCCAGUCCUGCUGCAGCAAUGACAGUGACAUCGGAUACAAGGGCACCAUCAGCGUCAAGCAGUCGCUCUAGAAACACGGCCUUGGAUAUUGCAUACUAUUUUGUCAAGGCGGCCAAAGCCUCCGUACCUGAUUUCAGAGAGAAAUCUGCCUCGAACCCGAAGCUUAAAUUCGAGUUUUCUGCCAAUACCUCCAACACCACGCUCAGGAACCACUUGGAGAACGUGCACAAAGAGGAGUACCUUCACCUCUGCGCCGAGAAGGGAUGGAACAACCUGCUUCCAAAGUCGCAAGUUCAGGCGGUAGCAGCCCUGGAAGCAGCUCAUGGCACUCAAGGUGCUUUCUGUACCCCCUUUACCCAAAAGGCUUUCAUCCAGCAUCUAAUCAAUUUCGUUGUUGCAGAUGAUCAGGUUGGCCACUGGACACUUGACAAUGCCUCCAUGAAUGCAAAGUUCUUGGAAGAACUCCAAGUCCUUCUUGAAGCGAGGGAUAUUCCCUUCAAUGCAAAGGAUAGACACAUCAUGUGUUUCCCCCACGUUAUCAACAUAUGUGUAACACACGUAAUUGAGAGCUUUACUGAUCUAGCUCUCGCUAGCGAUGAAGCCGAAUUUGCAGCAGCCCUCCCUCCUGCGGAUGCACAUCAACAAACCUUCGACGAGGCUUGUGCUCGGGAUCCUAUCGCACUAUGCUGUGGCGCUGUUUGUGCGAUCCGUGCCUCUGGUAAACGGAGCGAAAUGUUCCAGGAUAUUAUUUGUGACAGUAACGAGAAGGAGUGGUUCAAGGCAGCCAACGACCCCAACAAGAUCAUCAAGCUUGAGAAUCUUGAACUUCUUCGUGACGUUCGACAUCGAUGGGACUCUCUCUACAAGAUGAUCCACCGAUUCCGGGAGAUGCGACAAGCUUGCAAUUAUUUCCUGUUGUUGCCCCCGAACAGGGAGCUAACAAAGUUCUGCAUGACUGACCGCAAGUGGAAAGUCCUUGAAAAUUUCGAGAUGAUUUUGAGUGUUGGUGUUGAAUGGGCGGUCAAGUAUUACAAUAAAAUGGACAUGACAAAGGCAUACAUGAUUGCAAUGGUCCUCAAUCCCUCCAUCCGUCUAUCAUGGAUUCGAAAAAAUUGGGAUGAAGAAUUCAUCGAUGAGGCCAACCAAACCAUCAAGGACUUGAUGGUGGAAUAUCGUGCUCAUGCCAAUCCCAAAAUGCCAGCUCGUCGAAGUCCUGCAACAACGUGGCAAGGAUUUGGUCUUGACGAGCUGGCUGAACGCUACGGGCUUUAUGACCUGAUGGAUUUCAUGGACAACAACACACGCCGCAACCAGAGUAUUGAUGAGGAGUUCAUGGCCUACUUUAUGGCACCGCUUUCUGAGAAAGGGACGGACAUUCUGAAGUUCUGGGAAAUCCAUGAAUCAAGUUUCCCGACUCUUUUCGCAAUAGCGCUCAACUACCUUCCCAUCCAAGCCUUGGCAGUACCUUGUGAGCACGUUUUUUCAUCAAGUGCGGAGACAGAUACGAUGCAACAAAAUCGAAUGCAUGCAACCUUGAUGGAAGCACUGCAAAUGCUCAAGUUCUUGCUGAAGACGAAACAGCUCAACUUCAUGGAAGGCUUAGAAACACCAGAAAUAGAUAUGCUGGUGCCUGCCGAUGACGAAACGGACUUAUUAGGACAAGUGGCCUCUGAGUGGAACAGUAAUAUAGACACCCUACUCACAGCUCUUGGUCAAUACAAUGAUGAUGACACAUAG